CUGAGGAUUGCGCGCCGCACGACGACGUCGUCCUUGAUCGAUCGAUGACAAUGGCCGCGAUUCUAUUAUAAUAACAAUAUUGUUACCGACGAAGACGACGAUCCGCACAUUGUGCGCACAUAUUGCGUUAUACCGCGCGCACGUCAAACGCCCGACGUGUAUAUAUAAUACGUCACAUAUAUUUGUGCGGCGCACUUUGUUGUACGGCGCGUGAGAGCACCGACAGACGCGAUGUUUGCGCGCAUUUGGUUCGUCGCGGCUGCAGUAGCGGUGAUGCUGACGAUGGUGGCGAAUGCGAUGACGGUGGUGACCACGGCCAUGGCGCUGAUGACGACGACGACCGCGGUAUUCGGUGCGGUGACACUGGACAGCGUAGCCGUCCGACUGGGCCUGCCCGAGGGCCGGGGACUGUCCGGAGUGUGCCUGUACAGAAACGGGCCGAACAAGCGGCGGCACGUCAUGUUCAAAUCGGUGGCGUCGGCGCGCAAGAAAUACGGGGGCGGCGGCGAUUACAUGGUGGCCGGCGACCUGGCUGCUGACCGGGUGUACGAGGGCACGUUCGCCCGGCUCGUCGACGGCGACCAGGUGGCGCGGUUCGGGUGCGACGGCGGCCGUCGGUUCGAGGUGGCCACGCCAUUCGUGGUCCCGGAAUCGGAUCUGGACACUAUUCUGGCUGUCAAAGAGUCGAUGGAACAGCGGUUCGGCGCCCAGCCAUCCCGACGGGAUCCGCACCGAUCGGUCACCGCGGAACACAUGUCCGUGACGCUGCGUGGUCUGCGCCCGUCGUUCGCAGAAACCGGGAUCGACGCCGCCGCCGCAAUCACUGUAGACGUGUUUCAGCUGUACAAGAAACCGCCGUCGGCCGCUAGUGACACGGCUGCAAAGCAGGUCGGGGGAGUUCGGUAUUCAGCGUACCCGUAUGCCAGGUACGCGCUCCGGUAUCCGGUCAGCGACCUCGUGUUGGCUGACUUGCCGCCCGACCAAAUGUUGGCCGUCAAGUUCCGCCGUUCGGCCGUCACCACCACCGUUCCCGUGCAGCAACAUCAGGCCGACCUGCACGCGAACCGAAGCGAAAAUGCCAUUUUCAUAUACACCGGCGGCCUUUAUCCUCGCGGUACCGCUAACCUGACCGACAUGUUGGACGAACGCAGUGCCGGCAGUGGUGGCAAGUAUGCCGACGAGGCUGACGUGGACACUGCGGCCACCUCGUACCAAAUGGACGCCAAGCAAGCUCACAGCGACUCGUACGAUAUAAUCAAAAACACAGUGAAAUGUUUCACAGAUGGUAUGGUUUACAACGGAUAUCCGUGUCGGAAUUCUGAUGUCUGUAUACCUUUGGGCUGGUUAUGUGAUAGCCAAAAAGACUGUAUUGAAGGCGAUGAUGAAUACAACUGUUACAAUACAGAAGAUACGAAUGGCGGAGAAAGUACUAAUAGUUUGUACAACAAUAAUGACAAUUGGUAUUAUAGCCGUGGUACUUGCAAGAAGUUUGAAUUUCGGUGUCGCUCUCGAAGAAUGUCCGUCUGUUUACCCAAUUCUUGGUUAUGUGAUGGACGAGUAGAUUGUGAUGAUGGAUGGGAUGAAAAUGAAUUCAAUUGUGGCCGAACGUAUGGUGGACUAAGACCAGGAUUUGGUGACUUCGGCGCUCGAGAAGACCAAACGUGUAUAAACAAAAAUAAUUUUAAAUGUUGGCAAGGAACAGGAUGCGUAGGUCUCCGUGCUGUCUGUGACGGGAUCAAAGACUGUGCCGAUGGAUCCGAUGAACGUGUAUGCGACAAUUGGAGUUCACAGUGUAAUCAAUUUACAGAAUUUAGGUGCUUGAAUAAAUAUAAUACAUAUAAUGCACGUAGUUGCAUACCACGGCAAUGGGUAUGCGAUCUACAAGACGAUUGCCCACACGGGGAAGAUGAAACAGUUACCAGUUGCUUAGGAAUGGAUCACCCAACAUAUAAUGGUUUGGAAACUGAUAUUGAGGAUUUUUAAACGGGAAAUAUUUCAAUAAGAUCCAAUAAACUUGUAAUCAUCAAAAACUGUUCUUAUAUUAUAUACUGUGUUAAAUUUAACGUUAUUAUCAUCUGGUAUAGGGUUUUAGAGAAAAAUGUGUUCGCGACCAUUAAAUAAACCUUGGUCUUUACGUACCAAUUGGCAUGUAUCCAAUGUAUACGAUCGAUGUACCAUUGAAAAUGUUUCCUAUAAAUAACAAAAUCUUAUAGGUAGGUACUAAAACCUUCAUGUUUUGUAUUAAAUUUAAAUUCAUAGAAAUAUAGAAUACCCAACACUGUAGUUACCUAACAACUAUAUUUUAUUAUAUUCCAAGUUUAAAAUGUCGUUACAAACAGGCAACAGCUGAUUAUUCGUAGGUAAAUUUCAACUUUCAAUCUUGUAAUAAUUAGAAACACUUUUUAUAAAAUGUACUACCGAUCUAAAUCUGCAGAAAAAAUUGUCGUUGAUAUUUAAUAAGACUAUAAGAGUAAAAGGUAAGUAUUGCUUAUACUGCUCUCCUAAGCCAGAAGGCAGUAAGCAAAAAUGUAGUAGUUUUGAGAAAAAUAACAUUUUCCGAAUCACAAUAUAAAAAUUAAAUAAUUACGCCGUAUUUGAGCAAUACUAAGCAAAAUUACCAUAUACUGUGGUCAGUUACUGUCUUUUUGCUUAGCAUGUGUUCGAUACUGCCUUUUUGCUUAGUAUCAUUCAUAUAUUUGAAAAUAGGUACAUAUGUUUAAUCACGUUUAUUACAAAAACUAUUGCAUUUACGGUACUUUUGCUAAGAAAUCAAAAAAUGCGCCUUAAAAUAACGAUUAAUUUUAUAAUAUAAACUCAUUUUUCAAAUUUUUUCACUUACUGCAUUUUGGCUUAGGACUUAGGAGGGCAGUUUACGUACCGGAAGUAUUAAACAUUUUAAUUUUUUUCAAAAUGUGUAUGUUGUUAUUGCAGAGAGCUUACUGUAGGGCGUAAUAUAUUAUCAAUACAAAUAAAAUAUUUGUAACUGGUUCAA